GACUUCUCCAGCAGCACCACGUCCUUCAUGCCGGCCUUGGCCAGGUGGUACGCCAGGCUGGCGCCCACGCAGCCGCCGCCGAUCACCACCGUCUCCGCCGUGUCCUUCCACCGCUUGCCCAGCACGGAGGACUUCUCGCUGGCGAGGACAACAGCACACGCAAUCACCACUCACACCUGGAGAUUGUCCAGCCAAAGUACACAUUCUGGGAAGCCGGGACGCAGGGAAGCGGCGGUGCAGCGGAAAGUCCUGGCGGGCUGCAGACGUGCGAAGACGGGCUGCAGACGUGCGAGGACGGGCCCGCUCCAGCGCGCGUCCAGCAGCUUCAGUAUCCCAGACAUGUGGCUCCGACUGCGGCCCCAAACGACGAGAGAGACCGGUGAGAAAAGUCCGGCUGCGGUUCUAAAUAAGUAACUGGCUAAAGAAGUGGCUGGACUUUGGCCACGCCCUCAAGGACGCUGGCCACGCCCACACGGUUGCCAGAGAUCCCUUCUAGAACUCUUUAGGACGGUGAGAGGACGACCAGAACCAGAACCAUGGCACCAGCGGGAACCAAGAAGGGCGUCCUGGAGCGCUUGAACGCGGGCGAGGUCGUCAUCGGAGACGGCGGCUUCGUCUUUGCGCUGGAGAAGAGGGGCUACGUCAAGGCGGGGCCCUGGACGCCCGAGGCCGCCGCCGAGCACCCGGAGGCGGUGCGGCAGCUGCACAGAGAGUUCCUGAGGGCGGGCUCCAACGUCAUGCAGACCUUCACCUUCUACGCCAGCGACGACAAGCUGCAGAACCGAGGACACACUCAGCGCUUCACGGGCCAGCAGAUCAACGAAGCGGCGUGCGACCUGGCGAGGCAGGUGGCCGACGAGGGCGACGCCCUGGUGGCGGGAGGCGUGUCCCAGACGCCCGCCUACCUGAGCUGCAAGAGCCAGGACGACGUCAAGGCCACCUUCAAGAAGCAGCUGGACGUCUUCGUCCAGAAAAACGUGGACUUCCUCAUCGCCGAGUACUUUGAACACGUGGAAGAGGCCGAGUGGGCGGUGCAGGUCCUGAAAACCACCGGCAAGCCCGUGGCCGCCACUCUGUGCAUUGGACCUGAGGGAGACCUGAACGGAGUCAGCCCAGGAGACUGUGCUGUCCGACUGGUUAAAGCUGGAGCCGACAUCGUGGGCGUGAACUGCCACUUUGACCCGGUGACCUGCGUGAAGACGGUGAGGAUGAUGAAGGCGGGCGUGGAGAAGGCGGGCCUGAAGGCGCACUACAUGAGCCAACCGCUGGCCUACCACACCCCGGACUGCGGCCGGCAGGGAUUCAUCGACCUCCCCGAGUUCCCCUUCAGUCUGGAGCCCAGGAUCCUGACCAGGUGGGACAUGCAGAAGUACGCGCGGGAGGCGUACGCCGCGGGGAUCCGCUACAUCGGCGGCUGCUGCGGCUUCGAGCCCUACCACGUCCGCGCCCUGGCUGAAGAGCUGGCGCCCGAGAGGGGCUUCCUGCCGGCCGCCUCCGACAAGCACGGCCUGUGGGGGAGUGGUCUGGAGAUGCACACCAAGCCCUGGUGCCGGGCCAGGGCCCGCCGGGACUACUGGGAGAAGCUGAAGCCGGCGUCGGGCCGGCCCCUGUGCCCCUCCAUGUCCACGCCCGACAGCUGGGGGGUCACCAAGGGCCACGCCGACCUCAUGCAGCAGGCAGAAGCCACCAGCCGCGACCAGCUCCAGGUUCUCUUUGAGAAGGCCGACAAAGGCCAGUAAAGAUGGCGGCCGGUUUGUCUUUUUCCUAAGGUUUGUCCCACCGCGUCAAAAGUGUGUCAUACAAAUAAAGCGCCUGCAAGACCGUU